ACCGCGGGUACCUCGCUAUCCACAUCAAUCACUGACCAACUGCAAUACAGAACAAUGUUCGCUAAAAUCGUAGCUUUCGGUGCCAUGCUGGCCGCGGCCAACGCUGGUCUGAUUGGACACGCUGUUUCCUCCCAAAGCAUCGUUCGUCAUGAUGAGGGACACGUUGGCGCUUCGUUGGCGUAUGCUGCACCUUUGGCCUACGCCUCUGCUGCCUACGCUCCUGCUGCCUACGCUCCCGUUGCUAGCUAUGCUGGCCACGACCAAUACGCCUACCCCAAAUACGACUUCGCCUACUCAGUAGCUGACCCCCACACCGGCGACCACAAGUCACAGCACGAGAGCCGCGACGGUGACGCCGUGCACGGCUACUACUCGCUGGUGCAGCCCGACGGCUCCGUGCGCAAGGUCGAGUACACCGCCGAUGACCACAACGGAUUCAACGCCGUCGUCCAUAACUCCGCCCCUUCAGUACACCCCCAGGGUUACUACUCCCACUACUAAGCGCAAACCAAAAUCAGUAUUAUUAAUGGAUAAUGACUAUUUUUUAAUUUAUUAAACGUUUUUUAUAUA